AUGGCGGCGGAGUGGGAUCAACCCCUGGCCCUCGGCGACGAUCGAACUCCUGACACCAAAGAGCCUCCCGACGCGCAUAAAUCUCCCUCGAAACAUUUACUCCUGAUCUCGCAGCAAACGUUCGCAGUGACGCUGGCCCUCGUCGUGGCGGCCGUUUCGGCGAGGCCGGAGCCACCGGUGAGCCAGUACUUGCCACCCAACCAGCAAUACCCACCACCGGCACCCAAUCCGCAAUACGGACCACCGCAACCAGGAGGCUCCACGGGCGGGCGCGGCCCCUUUGGUCAGAGCCCUCUGGCUCCGUCCGGACCCGGUGGACAGGGAUUCAAUAAGUACCUGCCACCCAACCAGCAAUACGGCCCACCCUCCCAGCAAUACGGUCCACCUGGCACCGGAGGCGGAAAAUACGACGGCGACUCCAGUAACGUACCUGCCAAGUACGAAUUCGAGUACACGGUGAAGGAUGUCGAGUCUGGAAAUGAUUUCGGACAUAAGGAGAGUCGAGAGGGAGAUUUCGCGAAGGGUGUCUACUACGUGCUGCUUCCCGAUGGUCGCAGACAGACGGUGGAAUACGAGGCCGACCAGGAUGGGUACAGGCCGAAGGUUACGUACACCCAGGAGGGUCCCGGAGUCGGAAACGGGAAUGCUGGUGGUUAUCCCAGCGGAGGCAGUGGCUACCGUUACUAGGAUUUGGUAACGGCUAGGAUACUUCUCUCUCAUACUUGCAAUCGUGAGCCGACAUUCCCACUGAAGAUCUCCGUUUCACGCUUUCACUCAUUUAGGAUUGCGUCGGAUAGGAACCGGGUUACUUAAUGAAAAUCUCUAGGUUUCCGUGACUCGUGCCAUUGCCCAUGACACAAAGUGCGCUCCACGGUGACCAAGGGAACUGCCGAGCCGACGUUAACGACCAUCGCCAUUAUCGCUCGGAUGCCCCAGCCUCCCUUGUGCCCCGAGUAUCCGCACACGAGGUUUAGGGAAAACGCACGUCGCGAUCAAAGGUUACGACUAAACUUUCUACCGUCCGCUCUGUAACAUAGCUCAUUACGCUCAUAUACGUGUGAUUAAAAUAUAAUAUAUUGUACCGCGCCGCUCCAUAUUAUACAUAUAUAAUAUAUUGCACCUGCGCCACGCGCAACACGAGCAUGACUGACGCGUCACCUGA